AUGUCCGCCGCCACCGCUGCCGCCACUCCGGCCGCGACCGCAAACGCCGAACAAACGCCCGCCGCGCCGGGUGCCGCGCCGGGCGCCGGGACGUCGAGCCUGUACGUCGGUGACCUCGAGACCUCGGUCACGGAGGCGCAGCUGUAUGAGAAAUUCAGCUCCAUCGGUCCGGUGGUGUCCAUUCGCGUGUGCCGUGAUUUGAUCACCAGAAGGUCGCUCGGCUACGCGUACGUGAACUUCCAAUCCUCGAGCGAUGCUGCGCACGCGAUCGACGUCCUGAACUUCCAAGUGAUCAACGGGAAGCCGAUUCGGGUGCUGUACUCGCAGCGAGACCCGGCGGUGAGACGUUCGGGUGUCGGAAACAUCUUCAUCAAAAACUUGGACAAGGCGAUCGAUAACAAGGCUUUGCUCGACACGUUCGCGCAGUUCGGUACGAUUACGUCCGCCAAGGUUGCCAUGGACUCCGCCGGUAACUCGAAGGGGUACGGUUUCGUUCAGUUUGAAACUGCCGAGGCUGCACAGGCCGCCAUCGACAACGUCAACGGCAUGGAGUUGAACGACAAGCAAGUCUACGUUGGUCCGUUCCAACGCCGCGCCGAUCGCUCCACUCAGGGUGAGGCCAAGUUCAACAACGUGUACGUCAAGAACUUGAGCGAAAACUUGUCCGACGAGAAGCUGCGCGAGAAGUUCGCCGAGCACGGCGCCGUGACGAGCUGCGUCAUCAUGAAGGAUGAGGAGGGCAAAUCCAAGGGCUUCGGCUUCGUGUGCUUCGAAUCACCAGAAGGUGCCGCGUCUGCUGUCGAAAAUCUCGAUGGCUACACCGAAGACGAGAAGACCUGGGUGGUCUGCCGUGCGCAAAAGAAGGCAGAGCGCGAGGCUGAAUUGAAGGCCAAGUUCGAAGCUGAGCGCCGCGAACGCAUGGAGAAGAUGGCGGGCGCCAAUCUCUACAUCAAGAACCUCGAAGAAGGUACUGAUGAUGAAAAGCUCCGCGAACUCUUCAACGAGUUCGGUACCAUCACCUCCUGUCGUGUCAUGCGCGACGCCUCUGGCGCGUCCCGUGGCUCCGCCUUCGUUGCCUUCUCCUCCCCGGAUGAGGCCACCCGCGCGGUGACCGAAAUGAACGGCAAGAUGGUCGGUGCCAAGCCGCUGUAUGUCGCCCUCGCUCAACGCAAGGAAGAACGUCGCAUGCGUCUCCAAGCGCAGUUCGCGCAGCGCAUGCCGGGCGCUGGCAUGCCGGGUAUGGCCCCGUACAUGCCACCGCCGGGUGUUCCGGGCGCGCCGAUGUACUACGGCCAACCGCCCCCGGGUAUGAUGCCGCCGCAGCCGCAACCGGGCUUCGGUUUCCAACCAGUCAUGCCUGGCGGUCCGCGACCGGGUAUGCCAGGUAUGUACCCAGGUAUGCCGAUGCCGCAACGCCAAGGGGUUCCGGGCGCUCAACGUGGCCGAGGUGGUCGCGGUGUACCGAACGCUGGCCGUGGCCAGCGCCAGAACAUGCGUUACACCGCCGCGGUGAACGCUGUGCCGAUGCCGCCGAUGCCGGAGGCCCCGGCGAACCCGAUGGCGAUCCUCGCCUCUCAGCUCAGCAACGCCGCUCCGGAUCAACAACGCAUGAUUCUCGGCGAAGCUCUUUACCCUCUUGUCGAGUCAAAGGACGCCACGAAUGCCGCGAAGAUCACGGGCAUGUUGCUCGAGAUGGACCAAUCUGAAGUUCUCCACUUGAUCGAGUCCCCGGACGCCCUGACCUCCAAGGUGCAAGAAGCCCUCGCUGUGUUGAAGGCAGCCGCCGAGGAAGGUGCUUAA